CAAAAGAACAGAAUCACUUCCUCGUACAGUAUUUGCUGACAUACUGUAAUUGGAUGCGUGCAAUUCUUAAUCUAGCCGCCAGAGGGAGCCACAUUACUGCUAACACUACAUAAACACGAGCUGUUACACACAGUGACCUUUCACACGGCACAAUUGUUUCCUAAGGCAUGCACAUUUUGCAAGCAGCUCUACAUAGAAACUCACACCUCUUUUGUGUUCAUUACAAGCCAAAAAAAGUCAGUCCAAUCAGAAGUUUAAAGCAUGUUUUUAAUGAAUAUAUUUAUAAGCAAUGCUUGGGAUACUUCAUUGGUCAUCCAGUCCGACCAUCCUCCUGCUCAUGUCCCACAGUUUCUUAGCCGCCUGUCCAUCUGUAGCUUUAGCCAGCAGCUCUUCCUCCUCACAGUUAGCAAAGCACUUACCCGACACUCCCUCCACCACUGGGGAGCACACCAGAUAAAGAGGGGUCUGGGCCCCUUCCAGUGGACUCUUGAAAAAGAGCAUCGACGCAAGGGAGAAGAGCGGCUUUGCCAGGAGAGGGAUGUGAACGUGUCUGCCCAGUCCGGUCCUCACGAUUCCAGGGGUGAGAGCGUUGACCGUGACCCCCGUGCCCUCCAGCUGCUGUGCCAGUUCCAGCGUGAACAGCAGGUUGGCCAACUUGCUCUGACUGUAGCAGAACGCCUUGUCGUAAUUAUUUUCACUAUUCAGGUCAUCGAAGUUGAUGUGGCCGCACUUGUACAGUUUAGAGGACACCACAACGAUGCGGCUGGGGGCCGACCUCUUCAGGAGGUCCAGCAGGAGGUGAGUGAGCAGGAAGUGACCCAGGUGAUUGACACCCAGCUGCAUCUCGAAGCCCUCCUCUGUCUUGGAGUAGGGACACUGGUAGACGCCUGCAUUGUUGACAAGGACGUCUACCUUUGUUUCUUCCUUGUGGGUCAAAGAAAAACAUGCAACAUUAUCUUAAGCGGAAUAACUACGUUAACAGGACAAAGGACGUUUUGGAGAUUUCAAGCCGCUGCAAAACCACUGACUCACAACAUUACCUCACCUCUUGAAUUUCUUGACAAAACCUACGAACCGAUUGCAGUGAUGCAAGGUCCAAUUCUUUGAUGACCACCUCCCCUUGCCCUGGCCCAGACUGUUCCUGGAUGUCUCGGGCUGCCUCCGCGGCGCUCUGUCGGUCCCGACAGGCCAUGAUGACCCGAGCCUGGAGCUUCAGCAGCUCCCCGGCUAGUGCCUUCCCAAUGCCGCUGUUAGCUCCGGUCACGAUAACAGUCUUCCCUCGCAUCAGGUCCGCUGGGUACUGGAGAAGCUUCAUGGCGUUUUGACGCGGGAACAAGCGGCGCAUGAAAAGCAGUACACCUCCACCGACGACAGCGGCGACGAGCACCGCGGUGGCCAUGGAAGUAUGGAGGAGCUACCAAGUGUUUUGAGGUUGCAAAAUUAACCCGGAAGUGUAUCGGUAGACCAAAAAUUCUUACACAUAUAAUUUAAUACAUAGUUCCGCUAUGACGCGAGGCAUUAGUGUCUGUUUAACAAAAAAAUAUGGAUUGAAAAAACUUCAUAAUAAACCACCGAAUUCGGAUUCAUAACAUAUUAGUUCCCAUGUUAGCAACAAGCUAACUAGUCAUUUCUUCUUCGAGUGAUUACAGCAGAACGGACGCCAUAAAAUGCGAUGCCGCCUCCUCUUGAUAACCUAAGGACUCGGCGGGGAAGAUGGGUGGCACUGUGGUGUGCAGCCUGCUCAAGCAAAAGAACUAAAACCUGACUUUAAAUGUAGAUUUUAGGACUUGCUGGAGAUAUGUGUUGUUUGUUGCUCCUACUCGUUGUCGUCAUCUCAACAGCUGAAGUACGAAGCAAGAACACGUGCGAUGUCAUCCCCAAAGACGUGUACCUUGAAGUGGGAUCUGAUACUGAGAUCAUGUGCUGGUGUCUGUAUGUCCACGGAAAAGUGUUUUGGACACUGAACAGCGAGAUCUUACCCCAAAGCUGGUCGAGAUCCAUCAACUCGUCUCAUACGGCCGUGUCUCUGAGGAACUUCACUCUGCACAAAGCUACACUGCAGUGCCACAGGCAUGAUACCGAGGAGAUCCUUGGAGGAACCACCAUCAGAACAUACUCAAAACCCACCGACGUGGGCUGCAUGUGGCACUAUAAAAAUGACUCGUGGGGAGGUGUACCGCAGCUCUUCACCUGCAGUUGGAAGCAUCAGUUGCAUGUAUCAGAGCAGAUCAACUACACCGUACAAGGUUCCUCCUGGCUGAACACUUCACAGUUUGAAAUCUGCAGCUCACAGGUGAACACGUGCACAUUCAAAGAUGUGCAUUUGUCAGGUAACAUAACACUGGUGGGCAACCACAAUGUCACGGUGAGAGCUAAGACCAGCCACUGGGAGGUUUACUCCGAUCCGUACGAAUUUGAGCCCCAACACAUACUGCAAAUUCUCCCUCCAAAGUUGAACCUCACUGCCUUGUCCGGUCAUCUGUUAGCUGAGUGGUCCACCUCAGCCGUGUCCAAAAAACACCACUGUCAAGUUAAAUAUGACAAGGUUGGUGGUAAAGACGCAUCAGAGAAGGUGCUGAAUAAAACUUUAGAGCCACGAGUUAAAGGGAAGAUAACCAUUGACAAAGUGGAGUCCUGCACUUACUACAAAGUUUCAGUCCGCUGUGCUUUGGACAAAGCGCCGUGGAGUGACUGGAGCCGCGAGAAAAGGCUUGUGACCCAACUGCGUGGGAGUGAUGUGAAGUUGCAGCUUUGGAGGAAGGUAACAGAACCAGACCAAGAUGGCAUCAGAAAGGUUUAUGCCAUGUGGACGGAGAUUCCAUCAACAUGCCAAGGAGCAUUUCUAUAUUCUAUCCAUCUGACUGCCAACGAGCAUCAUGGGAUCGAAAUAGAUUAUGUGCAUACUUUAUGUGGCAGUUCACCAUUUCAGAUUAGCGUGAAUGAAGACGCACACAGAUUAAAGCUCAAGGUUUAUCACAAUGACGCCCUGCUGGCAGAGGAUAGUGUUUAUGUUCCAGCUGUUGGAGAAACUCUCCCCCGAGUUGCAAACGUGCAAACUUCAAGCCGCCAAGGUGUUAUCCACGUCAGCUGGGAUGCUCCCGCUCAGACAGUUACUGGUUACAUGAUCGAUUGGACCCACGAUGGGCAUCAGUACAGCUGGAUGGAAACUAACUCUACCAGCAUGUCACUGUUUGGACUUCUGGAAAAAAAGCCACACAACAUCACAGUCACGCCACUGUUUGAUGGCAAGACGGGCCUCGGCACGCAGGCCUUGCACAUCUGCUCCUCAGUAUCAGGUCUAGGACGUGUCUUCAUUGUCAGUAUUGAGGCGAGUGACAAAAGCGCCCAUAUGAUUUGGACUACGCAGCCGCAGGAAGUGUGCAGCGCUGUUCUUAUCCACUAUGUUGUUUUUUACAGAACAGAGCAAGGACGUCAGCUUAAUAUCACAGUAGAUGGUACCAAACAGGAGAUUGAUUUGAAAGGUCUCACCCCAGACACCCAGUACAGCACCUAUGUGAUGGCUGUGGCUCUCACUGGAGUCGGUCACAGCAAUACCAGGCACUUUAAUACCAAAAAAUUUGAUCCGAGGAUGGUCAGACCACUGAUUAUCUUUGGAGUCGUCAUCAUAGUGGUUGUGUUAUUUGUCGGGUUAUGCUGUGCCAUACAGUGGAAGAAAUUCCUAAAGAAGCAGGUGCCGAACCCUGGCCUCAGUUCUGUGGCGCUGUGGCCCUCGGCAAGUCAUCAAAAGGGGAUGGUCCUUUUCCGGCCAUUCAGUUAUCCGUCAGAAAGCCUUUGUGAACCCGUUUACAUGGAGCAACCACAGCCAAUUUCCACUCCUGAUACCCACCUUGACCCAACCGGUGUCCACAAGGAGCAAUGCAUCGACCCCGCUGUUGUUGCAGAGCCUGAUAAGAGGCCGCAUGAACCUGAGAACACUUUCAAUCAGUCUUCUUCCAUGGAAUCCACAGGGCUGCUCUCUGAGGGCGGCAGUCCAUUAAGCCCGUACAGAAGCCAAAGUUCUGUAGAAAGCCCGACCCAAAGCGGCGGUCAAGAAUGGAAGCGUCUGCUUCCAAUGACGCAUCAGGAAUUAGCAACACCACUGUCUGUUUAUGUCACUCUGGACAUAUUUGACCAAUAUCAGGGCAAUUUCGAGAAUUAGAAGUGCAUAGCAUUAAAUACUGUAGUCAAGCAAUUAUGCUAUAAGUAUGUAUCAUCUGUUGAAUAUCACCCAAUGCUAAAGCACGAAUAAAAGCAUGUUGCAUGGCAUCCUGGAAUAAUACCAACCUUCAUAUGAUUGUGCAGUAAUUCGAUAUGUUUGGUUUAAACCUUUUUAUUUUUACUAAGAGAACUGCACGAGAUCAACUAUGUAAAUAAUUUGUAAAUAGUUAUGUAUUAAAAUGUUAAAAAUGUGUAGCUAUAUUUAAGCAUGAAUAGUGUUUUUUCCAACACAUUAAAAUGUAUUAAAACGUCUCAGCAGUAAA